UACACGAAGUCGGGUGAGCGCCGGCGGGUUUCAGAAACAGGCAACUGAAAUCAGGAAAGUGACUGCACUGAAGGUGGACGUUCGGAUUUUGGACUCUGCCAUAUCACUCAUUCGAAAGAAAACUAUGCCAAAGUGGAAAUAAUGUUUGAUCACAGAUGAAUUCCGCUAAAACCUCAGUGUUUAGUCUUGGUUUUAAGAAGCUAACUCGGAAUCGAGAAUAAUAUCCUAGUUAUGUGGACGAUCUCGUGGGCAACCCUAAUAAUGUGACCGGGAGGUUUGGUAUGAGCUAUCAGUAAAGUAGUAUCUUUGUAACAGUGUACAGAAAUACCAAUCAUCCCACACGGAGUUAUUCGGAGACUUGCUCUCACCAUAGGCUACCCCAGCGCAGCGCACAGCCACAGAGAAGAGAGUUGGAGACGGCGUGGUAGGCUGUUUAACUGAAGAAGGAAGCAGAACAUUUUUGAAAAAUAUUUUUAUUUACAUCGAAUAGACCACAUCAACCAUUUGUGGAUAAUAUAAUUAGCUUCCGUCCUCUGCUGCUUUGGAAUGAUGCCUGCGCGUUCUGUUGGAAUUUGCUUUCUACUCGGAUUUAUUCACAUUUGUACAGGAUCUCGUCUUCGUCAGGAUGACUCCCCACCCCGAAUCGUGGAGCACCCCUCUGACCUCAUCGUUUCCAAGGGGGAGCCGGCCACCCUCAACUGCAAGGCGGAGGGGCGUCCUGCCCCUACGGUGGAGUGGUACAAGGAUGGGGAGCGUGUGGAAACAGACCGGGACAACUCCCGUUCCCACCGCAUGCUGCUGCCCAGCGGCUCCCUCUUCUUCCUGCGCAUCGUCCACGGCCGACGCAGCAAGCCAGACGACGGAAGCUAUGUGUGUGUGGCCCGUAACUACCUGGGCCAGGCCGUCAGCCAUAACGCCUCGCUGGAGGUAGCCAUUCUCCGUGAUGACUUCAGACAGAACCCAGCGGAUGUGAUUGUGGCAGCGGGCGAGCCUGCUGUGCUGGAGUGCCAACCGCCCCGCGGGCAUCCUGAGCCCACCAUCUCAUGGAGGAAAGAUGGUACCAACAUCAAUGACCGAGAUGAGCGCAUCACGAUCCGCAGUGGGAAGCUGAUGAUCACCAACGCCAGGAAAAGUGACGCAGGGAAAUAUAUCUGUGUGGGGACCAACAUGGUGGGAGAGAGGGAGAGCGAGAUUGCCGAACUGACUGUACUAGAGCGCCCAGGGUUUGUGAAGAGGCCCAGUAGUAUUAUGGUGCUGGCAGAUGAGAGUGUGGAGUUCCACUGUGAGGCGCGGGGAGAUCCGGUCCCCACUGUCCGCUGGAGGAAAGAGGACGCAGACCUGCCUAAGGGGAGGUAUGAGAUCCUGGAGGACCACACUCUGAGUGUGCGUGGUGUAACACCAUCAGACGAGGGCUCCUACACGUGUGUUGUAGAGAACAUGGUGGGAAAGGCAGAGGCGUCCGCUACACUGACCGUACACGUCUUCACUGUGCCCCCAGCGUUCGCCAUGCGCCCCAGAAACCAGGUGGUAGCAGUUGGGAGAAUGGUCACCUUCCAGUGUGAAGCCACUGGCAACCCUCAGCCUGCUAUCUUCUGGCAGAGGGAGGGCAGCAAUAGCCUGCUUUUCUCCUACCAGCCCCCUCAGCCCUUCAGCCGACUUUCCGUGUCUCAGACAGGCAGUCUGACCAUCGCAGACGCCCAGCGCUCUGACGCUGGCUACUACAGCUGUCAGGCCCUCAACAUCGCUGGCUCCGUCAUCACCAAGGCCCUGCUGGAGGUCACUGACAUGGUGUCAGAACGCCCCCCUCCCGUGAUCCGACAGGGCCCAGCCAAUCAGACGGUACCUGUGGACAGCACAGUGGUCCUGGGUUGCAUAGCAACAGGAACCCCCACUCCAACAGUCCACUGGAAGAAAGACGGGGUGGUGGUGUCCCCCGAGGACUCCCGCAUCACCCAGAUAGACACAGGAGCCCUGCAGAUCCGCUACACUAAGCUUGGAGAUACAGGUGUAUACACCUGUUUGGCGUCCAGCCCCAGUGGAGAGGCAUCCUGGAGGGCCUACGUGGAGGUGGAAGAGUUUGGAAUGGUGGUCCAGCCGGGUCGACCCACAGACCCUAACCUGAUCCCCAGUGCCCCGUCCAAGCCUGACGUGACUGACGUCAGCCGCACCUCUGUCACACUGUCCUGGAAACCCAACCCUAACGCUGGGGCCACGCCCACUUCCUAUGUUAUCGAGGCAUUCAGUCACGCGUCGGGGAGUAGCUGGGUGACUCUGGCUGACCACGUGAAGACAGAGACCUUUGUCCUGAAGAACCUCAAGCCAGGUGCAGUCUACCUGUUCCUGGUGAGAGCAGCCAACGCCUACGGCCUCAGUGACCCCAGCCCUAUCACUGAUGCUGUCAGAACACAAGACACCCCUCCCACAAGCCAAGGAGUGGACCACCGUCAGAUCCAGAGGGAGCUAGGGGACGUGGUGGUCAAUCUGCACAACCCCACCAUCCUCUCCUCCUCCUCCGUCAGGGUGCAGUGGACAGUGGAGCAGCAGUCUCCGUACAUACAGGGUUAUAAGGUGAUGUACAGGGCGUCUGCUGAGCUGGGCCAGCCAGGGGGGCAGUGGGGCGUGUUCGAGGUGCGGACCCCUGGAGAGGACGGUGCUGUGGUGCCUCAGCUGAAGAAAGGGGUCACCUACGAGUUCAAAGUGCGUCCCUUCUUUGAUGAGUUUCAGGGAGCGGACAGCGAGGUUAAGGUGGCCAGGACGCUGGAGGAAGCCCCCAGUGGAGCCCCCCGGGGCAUUACCGUGACGAAGAGCGAUGCCAAUGGGACCGCCAUCCUGGUCACCUGGCAACCACCUUCCGAAGAGGAACAGAACGGAAUGGUACAGGAGUACAAGAUCUGGUGCCUGGGCAACGAGAGCCGUUACCACAUAAACCGGACAGUAGAUGGCUCCACCUUCUCCGUGCUGAUCCCCAGCCUUGUGCCAGGGAUACGCUACAGCGUGGAGGUCGCCGCUAGCAAUGCCGCCGGCCCAGGGGUCAAGAGCGAUGUCACCUUCUUUCAACUUGACUCUAAGGGUCAGAUGAUGGACAGUCCUGAGGACCAGGACACACUAUCUCAGAUCUCAGACGUGGUCAAGCAGCCGGCGUUCAUAGCGGGCAUCGGUGCCACCUGCUGGGUGGUCCUCAUGGUGUUCAGUGUGUGGCUUUACCGCCACCGCAAGAAGAGGAGCGGCCUUAGCAGCAGCUACGCCGGUAUACGUAAAGUUCCAUCAUUCACCUUCACUCCCACGGUGGCCUAUCAGAGAGGAGGAGAGUCUGUCUGCAGUGCUGGGAGACCUGGGCUGCUGAACAUGGGGGAGAGUGUGAACCAGCCGUGGCUGGCAGACUCCUGGCCGAACGCCUGUGCCAACCACAAAGACUGCAACAUCAAUUGCUGCAACAGUGGCAACGGCACCAGCGACAGCAACAUGACCACCUACAGCCGCCCAGCCGACUGCAUCGCCAACUAUGGCAGCCAGCUGGAGAAGCAGCAGGGGGGUCUACUGGGGCCUGAGCAGGCUGUGUACAGCGACGUGGACCUCUCCAACAAACUUAACGAGCUCAAGACUUUCAACAACCCCAGCCUGUGCUACAUGGGCCCAGGGGGAGGGCCGCCCACCCCCUACGAGCCCACCCCCUACGCCACCACCCAGCUUAUCCAGUCCAGCAUCCUGAACAAGGCUGCAGCAGCUGGGGCCGGAGCCCCUGACAUACGCUGUUGGAACCAGCCCCCCUCCCAGCUGCAGAAAGCACAUAUGCAGUAUAACAUCAUGGAGCAGAACAACAGGCUUAAUAAAGACCACUAUAGAGGAGAUGGGCCCCUGCAAGGCACCAUCCCCUAUAACCAGGCCCAUGAACACAGCACAGGAGGCUCCCACCACAGCUCUGACAGGGGCAGCAACAGUACCUCUGGGAGCCAAAGUCAUAAGAAGGGAACUCGCACCCCCAAACUGCCCAAAACUAACACAGUGAACUGGGGUGAACCUCUGCCCCCUCCCCCUGCCAACCCCCCACCAAGCCGGAGCUGUGAUGAGUAUACCCUGCACAUGGAAAAAAGCUUUAACCCAGAUGCCCCAUGCCCAAUGCUUACCUCACGGAUGUACCUGCAUCCGGAUGAGAUGGAGGAGGAAGAGCAGGAGGCGGACGAGGGUAUGGAUAGGUGUCCCACUCCCCCUGUCAGAGGGGCAGCCUCUUCCCCUGCGGGUAUGUCCUACAGUCACCACUCUACAGCCACUCUCACCCCCUCACCCCAAGGAGACCAGCACAACAGCCUACACAACGGAACAGACCACCACAGACAACACGCAGCCAGCCCACCCCCUCCCCCGCGCCCCCUCUCCCCUCCACACACCUACGGCUACAUCUCCAGCCCCCUGGCACUGGAUACUGAUGGGCAGGAGGAAGAGGAGGAGGAGGAGGAGGAUGAAGAAGAAGAAGAGGCAGCGGAUGAGACGGAUGCGGAGAUGGCCCAGGGUCACUACCACCAGCACCAAAAUAACCCCCAGCCCCACCAGAAACAGCCCCACCACCAGCACCACCCUCCCCCACGCAGGCUGCACCUCCGGGGGCUGGAGCAGACGCCGGCCUCCAGCACUGGGGACCUGGAGAGCUCCGUGACGGGCUCCAUGAUCAACGGCUGGGGCUCGGCCUCCGAGGAGGACAACGGCUCGUCAGGACGCUCCAGUGCCAUCAGCUCCUCAGACGGAUCCUUCUUCACAGAUGCAGACUUCGCCCAGGCUGUGGCAAACACUGGGGACUACACAGCAGGCCUACGCAUGGCCAGGUUCCCAGAGGACACAGGGCCAGCAGGGCGAAGGCACCAUCGUCCCAGCAGCCCCCUGUCCACAGACAGCAACAUGAGCUCUGCAGUGAUGCAGAAGAGACCGCCCAAGAGGCACAAGCAGCACCAGGCCCAGGCUGGCCACCAGCAGAGGAACGACUUCACUGAUGACUCCUGUAUGCCCUUGAAGUCUCCUAGUCACAUGUCGCGGUGUGGCUAUGAGGUGAGGGGGGCCACGCUCCCUAGGAUUGGCUCUGGGGAGGGUCGGGGCCGGAGAGGGAGUGCAGGGGGCCAGAGGACCAGAGAGGGCUCUGUGGAGAGACGGGAAGCCCAGGACAAGAACAGGACUCCACAGGGAGGCCAGAGGACCAGAGAGGGCUCUGUGGAGAGACUGGAGGCCCAGGACAAGAACAGGACUCCACAGGGAGGCAAGGGGAGCAGCAAAGCCCGUCAACACCCAGGUUCUGAAGACAUCCUCCCGUACAGCAGGCCCUCGUUCCCCUCGGUGCAGGGCCAGAGCCAGGCUCAGAGCUCCUCCAGCUCCAUGUCCUCCCGGGGCUCAGGGGGCCGGAGGAGAGAUGGGGCCCCCGGGGCCCGUAGGAACCCCACAGACACGCUGCCCAGCAUCGCAGGCUUCCAGACCCAGGAAGAGGAACUAGAGCUGCUGGAGAGCUGAGGAUCGUGGGAAGAGGACAGGAAACCCCCACAAUGCCCUCACAGGAAGGCUUGAAUCUGACAUCAGUGACUAUUAUGUAAAUUACUUUUCUUAUCAUACAGAAGAAGGAAAAAAAACAGAACAAUACUUAAUAUUAGUUUUUCUUUUUACAAUUUCUCAUUUGAUGCCAUUUUGGAGGGAAAAAGAAAGUGAGAGAAAAAAGGUGUGAUCACGGUUCAGUUUGUGCACUCACUGGUAUGAAGCAUUAUUAGAUCAUUGUUUACUUGAGUUGUUGGUUGAGAACUGGCUUCCGCCAGACUCUGUGGUGAGCUAGUGCCUAAUAUGAAAGUACAUGCACAUUAGAUAACUGUUGUAUACAGAUACCUUGUCUAGGACCACCUGCUGUGUGGUACCUCAGACUGGUCUUGGCAUGUCUGUUGCGCCUGUUAUAUUACUGUAAUUAAUAUUUGGACUUCACCAUCCAUCUUGUAAAUUGUUCGGUCAUUUUGCUGAACAAAUUUGCUACAAUGGGAUUUUUACAUUUCUUUUUAAUGUAUUUUUGUAAUGCACUGUUAUUGUUUUGUUAUUGAUGUUGGUCUUGUCAAUUUGCGUUAUUUGUUCUACUUUGGUUUCAAAAGCACAAUCACUUAACUUUAUUUUAAACCAUUGUUAUCUAUGACGUUCCGUCUUAAAAGAGGAACAAUGAUAAAAAAUAAUGUUGUUAAUCGUUUUCUGUAUACGAUUGGACUAGUGUUAUGUGUCUUAAUAUUCUGUUUAUGUUAAGGAUUGGGAUGGAAACGAGAAUCCCCUGUCUAGCUUAGGUUUAAUUGAAACCAGAGUGAUCAUUUGGACUGAAGGGGACAUUGCCCAAAGCAGUGACCACAUUCAUCCAUUUAUUAUGACACAAACUACUGUGUUGGUCGGACUAUACCCUCAUGUCUACAAAUGCACUUAUGAGGAAGUGAGAGAGACAGGAGACAAGCUGAGGGACACAUUGUACCAAUAGAGAAGGGUGAGGAAGCCCCAUUUCUCUUACUAGUAGUCUCAUUUCCAGAUAAGUUAAGGGUGGAAAUGUUGAUGGAUCCAUCCUGGAAAAUGGACUUAUCCAUGCCUGAUGAUGGGUAGCAUUUUCUCCAUAAGCAACCAGACACAGUGACACAUCCACCAUUGUUUCCCAACAAGACAGGGUUGAAGGAAGUGAAAUUAAUACUGACCCAAAAAAAGGACUGGUGACGAAAUACUGGGACUUGAAAAUCCUGCAGCUUGGAGAUGGAACAGCAUGUUGUUGUUGGGUUUAGCUCCGUUAUGGCUACAUCUAGGCCAAGCUUUGAGGCCAUUUCUUUACUUCCUACACAUGUACAAAAUAUGUGAAACGAUGUUCGCUGAGGACACCUGACAUUUGUUUGGAGUUUGCCAUGUUUAAAAGAAUUACACAACUAUGUUCAUGAUGUCAGCCAUGAUAUUUCAUUUCAUUACUGAGUAUGUUAUAAAUGAGAUGAAAAAAAACAUUGUCAUUUUACCACAUUAUUUAUUAUUAAAAUGUCU